AUGGCACUAGAGCAAACCCCCGCACCCCCCUCACCCUCAGCGGGCAAAAAACGCAUCAUCCUCAACGGCUUCGACAUGUUCACCGUCGGCCACCUGUCCUUCGGGCAAUGGCGACAUCCAGACGACCGGUCCGCAACGAAACGGCGAGACCUGUCGUACUGGACAAAUCUCGCACAACUCCUCGAAAAGGGCGACUUCACCGCGCUGUUUCUGGCCGACUCGUUCGGCCUCCAUGAUACGUAUCGGGGGAAUGGGGACACGGCGGUUCGAGAGGGCGUGCAGUGGCCCAUGGGGGACCCGAGUAUUCCCGUUGCAGCAAUGGCCGCCGUAACGAAGAACCUCGGGUUCGCAAUCACAACGUCUACGUCCUACGAGGCGCCGUAUGUCGUCGCGAAGCGGUUCUCCACACUCGACCAUCUUACAGGUGGGCGGUUCGGGUGGAACAUCGUGACCUCGUGGAAGGCGAGCGCGUCGAGGGCAGUUGGACUACCCCUUGUCGAGCACGACAAGCGGUAUGAGAUAGCGGAUGAGUAUCUGACUGUUUUGUACAAAUUGUGGGAAUCCUCCUGGUCCCCAAGCGCCCUUGUCGAAGACCCCAUCUCUGGAGUCUACACCGACCCCACGCAAAUACGAACAGUCCACCACAACAGUGAAAAUUUCACCCUCGAUGCUCCGCAUAUCCUCGACCCAUCGCCGCAGCGCACGCCCUUCCUCUUCCAGGCCGGUACAUCGCCCGCGGGAAUCGCCUUCGGCGCGAAACACGCAGAGGGGAUCUUUGUGUCGGCGCCGAGCCCGCAUAUCCUUGCGCCGCGGGUAAAGGCGAUACGGGAGGCUGCAGAGAAGAAUGAACGGGAUCCGGCGUCGUUGAAAGUGUUUGCGAUUUUCACACCGAUUUUGGGGAGGACGGAGGAGGAGGCGAGGGCCAAGUAUGAGGAAGCGUUGAAGUUUGCAAGUGCCGAGGGCGGGUUGGCGUUUUAUUCGUCGAAUAUCGGUAGCUACAUCCCCUCUUCCAUACACAGCACAGAUUGCCAAUGCCCGGGCAGAAAGAUAACCUUUUGCGUAGGAGUCGACUUGAGUAAAUUCCCGCUCGACACCGAGAUCACCCCGGCGGACAUCCACAUCGACGCGCGCGUCCACUCGUCCAUCAACACACUGUCCUACCACGGCGCCGACGUGCCCCGCUGGACACCGCACAACAUCGGCAAAGCAGUCUCCAUCGGCGGGAACGGGCCCGUCGCCGUCGGGACAGCACAAAAGGUAGCCGACGUGAUGGAAGAGUGGAUCCGGGUCGCGGAUCUCGAUGGGUUCAAUAUUGGGUACGUCUGGACGCCCGGGACAUUUGAGGAUGUGGUUGAGUUGCUGGUACCGGAGUUGAGGCGGAGGGGCGUUUAUGCUCCGAAAGGGGAGAGUGGGACGAUGAGGGAGAGAGUUUAUGGGCGCGGGCAAAGGGGGGUUAGGGAUGAUCACCCGGCGAGUCGGUUUCAGUAUGGGGUUUACAAGGGAGAUUGA